AUGAGAAAUCUAUCGCAGUGACAGAAGUUUUUCAUACAAACAGUGCGAGGUGAAGCAGAAAAACACCGAUAAUCAAAUUCGUACGCUUAAGAAAGUAUUAACGAAAUCAACAGAUUUCGGCAGGAUCUAGAAAGUGACAGAAACCGCCCAAAAUUAUCAUGUGGCAGUUUAUUACUUCGCCUCUUUUGAGACGGUUUAUUGUGAUGCCCCUUGCCAUAGUUGGCGGAACGAUUGGCUAUUUAAUUGAAAGUUAUAUUUCUGAUAGAAACACACCAGGUUUAAAUAAAAGCAUUGAAGAUAUUCGAGUAGGAAGAUUGGUAGAAACAGAAUUGUCAUCUGAUCCCACCAAUGUGGAUAGUUUGAAAGACAAGAAGUUUGUGCCCAAAUCAAUAUUUGAAAAGAAUGUAUCACCAUCUCUUCAAUCAUCUUAGAGGAUAUCUGACCUUAAAUAAUUGUAAUGCUUAUUUGUUAAUUUUUACUAGUGAAAUAUCUCAUAACACAGCAGACUUCUUAAUUUCCAUUUAUCAGUGUAUACAUGAUGUUUGAUUCUGGGACAGUCGAAGGACUCUCGCAUGUGAAAAUGUAUGUGCUUCAAUAGUUCAAUAAAAAAUAGAAGAAAAGAACA